ACUCAACUUCGAUGACGAAAUGGUAAAUGACAUUAUAGUAGCAACGGAGAACCUUAGGACGUUCAUAAGUAAGAGGGACAGUACUAGCAAAUUUAACAAAGUCUAUAUUGACGUAUAUACCUCAUACAAGUUGGUAAACAUCCGAGAUAAAACUAUAGAAGCCGAGCUCGAUAAAUCAAGGAGGUGUUAUCUAGAUAAGCUAUCAACUGAGCUAGUCACUGCAUUUGGUUUGUUACCUCCUAACAAAGCAAACGAGUUGCUAUACAAGUCAUUAGAGCAAUUGUUAGCUGCAUUGACGGACUUUAUAAAGAAAAUAUACAGUCAACAGAAGAAUUCGCGCAAUAAAUUACAAAAGAAGAAGUUUGAGAAUGAAUGGAUAAUAGUAGACUAGCUUCUACUAGCCUUUAUCUACAAUUUGUCUACAAUUGGUCUACAAUUUCUUCAAUUUCCCAAGCACCAACCCAUUUAACAAUUGAACACUUCAAAUUUCCCUCCUUUUCUAUUCUAUUUAUUAACGGACGUGGAUAUCUAGCCAAGGCCGUGUCUUGUUGACGUAGAUGAAGUAGCGGACAAUAAUCAUUACCACCAUCACCAACAUAGAACACUUUUUUAUAGUUUGACCAACCACCUUUAGAUUCUACAUAUCUUUCCAAUUCUUCACCUAUUUAUCUAUGGUUAUUGUGUGUACUUUUACUUGAAUAGACAAUCCUUACCUU